AUCACUCGCUUAAACCGCCCAUUUGAUCUCAAUAAGUCAACUACAGCUCGCCCAGUGUCCGCUCGAGCGUGUAUCAGCGAUUCACAAAUAUCGAGGUAUAAUACAUUUGCGCCUAGAGCAUGUCCUCAACUUCGGCGGCCAGUGGUAGUAGCGGUGCAGGUAGUGGAAGUUCAGCCUCUGCCGCCGCCACCGCACCAAAUGCUAGCAAUAGUAUGAACGCAAGCAGUGGUCGCGGCCGCAACAGCAACGCUGGGGGUGCCAACGCUAAUAAUUCGGGUGCCGGAAGCUCCAACGCCAAUCCAAACAACGCUGUGAAUGCUGCUGGCACUGCCACUGCAGGGACAGGGGCUGGAGAAGAGACACGUAAAGAUCCAAAACCAAAUCCAAAAAUUUCCAAAGCAUUGGGUACCUCAGCUAAGCGCAUACAAAAGGAAUUGGCCGAAAUAACACUUGAUCCACCACCGAAUUGUAGUGCCGGUCCCAAAGGUGAUAAUCUGUACGAAUGGGUUUCAACAAUAUUGGGACCGCCCGGCUCGGUAUACGAAGGUGGCGUCUUCUUUCUGGAUAUACAUUUUUCACCUGAAUAUCCCUUCAAACCGCCAAAGGUGACAUUUCGCACGCGCAUCUAUCACUGCAAUAUAAAUAGUCAGGGUGUGAUUUGUUUGGAUAUUCUCAAAGAUAAUUGGUCGCCAGCGUUGACCAUAUCGAAGGUGUUGCUGUCAAUUUGUUCCCUGCUGACUGACUGCAAUCCUGCGGACCCUUUGGUUGGCAGCAUCGCUACUCAAUAUUUGCAGAACCGUGAGGAGCACGACAGAAUCGCACGACUUUGGACAAAAAGGUUUGCCCAAUAACCGGGCAACAAAAGUUCUUUGUAAAUUUAAUUUAACCUGAUUUUUUACAGAUAUGCAACAUGAUUUCCUAAUCUUGUAAGUCCCGACAUUAAAAUAAAAUUACAUAUAUAACAACAGCAGCAACAAUACAAAAAGUUAUGUUUGCGGCAAAAAAAAAAAAAAUAAAAUAAAAAAAUAAAAAAUUGAAACGAAAAAUAAAAAAUUGCAAACAUCCUGCAAAUAAAUUAUAAUGAUAAUGGUAAAAUUAUGAUUUUAAAAGGAAAGUAUCUCUCCUAAAUAUGUAUAACACUAUAUAAUAUAUAUUAGAAAUUAAUUAUAAAAAUAAUACAUAAUAUAACAAAACGAAAAAAAAAAAAAAAUAUUAAGCAGAUAUUGAGUAGGAACAAGGGACCGGAAGCGAAUGAAUACCAAGUUUAAUUAUUAGCGUGCAUUUUCAUUUUUUUCAAAAACAAAUGUCAUUCAAAAGACGAACGUAAGCAUAACACUGCUAAAUUUAACGAAAUCGAAAAUACUAUACUUAUAAAAUAAAAAAUAUGUACAAUUCAUGUUUUACUUUUAUGUGAGAAAAGAAAUCAAUCAACCAAACAUACAUACCUACAUACAUAAUUGCAAACUUCACUUCAACAAAAUACAAUACAAAUAAGUAAUAAACCAAAUCGCUGAUGGAGUGUGAAAAUAAUAAACCACAUAAGUCCAGCUGCAUACAAACAUUAUUUUGAAGCAAAACAGCAAUAAAAAAAAAUAGAAAAAAUCCCAAACAAGAAAAUUAUGGUAACGAAAGAGCUGAUAAAUCUGUUCGAUUAAUUGUAUUUUAGUGACGGAACUGAGAAGCAGGUGACAACUUCUUGUCUUUAAAUUGUAAACAUAAUCGUGAGCCUCAAAUAAAAACUAUGAUACAAAAUAUUGAA